ACCUAGGUACCUAUUUACCUGUUAUAUACCUAGGCUAGGUAUACGAAGCUAUUCCAAAGUACAUUGAUACAUCCGUCCCUUGGCUAGCCUCGGUGGAAUCUGGGCUGGUUUAACGUGGGGCUAGAGUAGAGGGGCCUGGAGGGGUAGCUGCGAGCCUGUGACAAAACGUCAUUAUUUUGAAUGCUACCUCCUAGGCCGUUAUCCAUUAUCUCCAUUAUCGGUAGGUACUUCUAGAAGAUACCUAUAUUAUUGUCUAUCGCAGAGCUUGUACCUAAAGGACUUCAAGUAAAUCCAACAUCAUUUUUUUGUUCUCAAUACCACAACACCUCCCCCUACUACAUGUCUUGUCUUCGCUGCGUGUACAGGACAGCAAUACACUCUUAUACGAUACCAUCAUCUACGCAACUUGCGAGUAAAGGUUUUCUACAAUCUAUUCAACUACCUAGACCAUAUCACGUACCCAACCAAUUCAUUAAGACAAGUACAAGCGCUUGGCGAACAUUUGCGACAAUGGCGACGACUACAGAUACGAACAAUUACAAGUUCAACCACACGAUGAUUCGAGUGAAGGACCCUAGAGAAUCCAUCAAGUUCUACGAGUUCCUCGGCAUGAGCGUAGUCAAGCACCUGCAAUUCCCAGAGUCCAAGUUCGACCUGUACUUCCUGAGCCACGACGGGCCGGGGGCUCCGUCGCGGGGCAACAGCACGUUCGACCGGCAGGGGGUGAUCGAGCUGACGCACAACUACGGGACGGAGAACGACCCCAGCUACACGGUCAACAACGGCAACGUGGAGCCGUACCGCGGCUUCGGCCACGUCUGCUUCUCCGUCGACCGCAUCCAGGCCGCGUGCAAGCGCCUCGAGGACGCCGGCUACAAGUUCCAGAAGAAGCUCGCGGACGGCCGCAUGAAGAACAUCGCGUUCGCGCUUGAUCCCGACGGGUACUGGGUCGAGAUUAUUAGUCGGAAGAGGGGGUCCAAGGGCGCUGAGGAUCCGGAGGAGCAGGGUGUUGAGACGGAUGUUAAUACGUAUCGCAUGAACCACACGAUGAUCCGGGUCAAAGACGCCGAGAAGUCGCUCAAGUUCUACCAGGAAGUACUGGGGAUGAAGCUGUUCCGCACGGUCGAGCAGCCGGCCGCCAAGUUCAACCUGUACUUCCUCGGCUACCCGGGCCCAGAGGGCGUUCCGGAGGACGGGUUCACGGCCGAUCACGAAGGGUUGCUGGAGCUCACGUGGAACUACGGGACGGAGAAGGACGAGAACUUCAAGUAUCAUGACGGGAACUCGGAGCCGCAGGGCUUUGGACAUAUCUGUGUCUCGGUCGAUCACCUAGAGGCGGCUUGCUCGCGGUUCGAGGACCUCAAGGUCAGCUGGAAGAAGAGGCUCACUGAAGGACGCAUGAAGAAUGUUGCUUUCUUGCUUGAUCCGGAUGGAUACUGGGUCGAGAUCGUGCAAAAUGAGCGCUUCUCUGGAAAGGAAAACUUCUAAGUCACGUCGCUGUGAGCUGUAAAUAGAUGGCAAUGUUUUCAAUGUUGCCCGUAUAGGUUAGGUAUGGUGUUGCGCGGCUAGUUGGGGUUGAAGGCCGCAGCUAAAUGGGGUGAAAAUGUGAUUCGAUUGCUUGAUGGCAAAAUACAUCAGGUACGAGGUUGUAAAUAUGAUACUCAUAUAUCCAAUAUAACCCGUAAAAUUUA